GAGGGGCUUCCCUGGGACCUGGAAAUAAAAUGGAGGGAGGGCUGGGCUGGGCCAGGCAGUGUCUUAAGGAAGUAAGGAAGCUGUGAGGGGGGAGGCCCAACACUAUCCAGGUGACAAGGAUGGAAUAUGCCAUGAAGUCCCUCAGCCUUCUCUACCCCAAGUCCUUCUCCAGGCAUGUGGCAGUUAGCACCUGCACCUCAAUGGUGACCCAGCAGCUACUGACCGAGUCCAGCCUGGAGGCCCCCAAGGCCCGGCCCUGCAGAGUAAGCACUGCUGACCGGAGUGUGCGGAAGGGCAUCAUGGCGCACAGUCUCAAGGACCUCCUCCACAAGGUCCGGGACACCCUGAUGCUGGCAGACAAGCCCUUCUUCCUGGUGCUGGAGGAAGAUGGUACAAUUGUUGAGACAGAAGAGUAUUUCCAAGCCCUGGGGGAUGACACAGUGUUCAUGGUCCUCCAGAAGGGGCAGAAAUGGCAGCCCCCAUCAGAGAAGAGCACUAGGUACCAACUCUCCCUCUCCCGUAAGCCCGGCAAGAAGAUUGAUGUGGCCCGUGUAACCUUUGACCUAUACAAGAUGAACCCACAGGACUUCAUUGGUUGCCUGAAUGUGAAGGCCACUCUGUACGGCACCUACUCCCUUUCCUAUGACCUGCACUGCUACCGGGCCAAACGCAUCAUGAAGGAAGCUCUUCGUUGGGCCCUCUUCAGCAUGCAGGCCACAGGCCAUGUGCUGCUUGGCACAUCGUGUUAUAUGCAGCAGUUCCUGGAUGCCACAGAGGGAGGGCAGCCCCCUGAGGGCAAGGCCCCAUCGCUCAUCCCAUCCUGUCUGAAGAUGCUGCAGUGAAGACCCAAGUCCUUAGAGGCAUUCCCCAGAGAAGGACUAGAUGGGGGGCCCCCAUGCUCAGCUAGUAGCACCUACAAACCCAGUUAGGCAGCUUCUUAUCUUGCCACACCUUCCUCACCUCCCAGGACCUCGAAUGAAGAAGGCUUCCCAAGGGAAAAGGUCAGAAAUCUGGGAUAGGCCGGGAAAGGAGAACUGAGUGUUCUUAGCCUGGCCCAGCUACUUCCUGUCCAGGGUAGUUUAGCUGACCAAGACGGGUCACCAGCAGGCUAGCAUGAGGUCUGCCCCUCAGCUACCUGUUUUCACAUGCUCUACUUCCAUCGCGCUCCCCACUUCCUGGUCCCUCAGCCCUGAUACUCCUGAGUGAACUGUCAAGUCCACUAGUGUAUGUUACUAGAGAGUUUGCAUUAAAUUAUUUAUGCUAAUA